AAAUUAAUGGUAUACAUGGGAAAAGAGAAUGUAAUUCAAAAAUAAUUGAUAUUAUAUCUGUAAUGAACCGAAGAAAAGAAUCAAAUAAAUUUUUAAUAGAAAACGAUGAAAAAAACUUGAUAUCUUUAAAAAAUAUAUACCUGUACGACAUAAUUGAAAAUAAAGAGCUAUUUAAAACCAUUUUAAUGAUUUUUGGUGAACAAAGCGAAGAAAAUUUUGAAACAAUAUAUAAAGAAAUUCGUCAAGAAUACUUAGAUGCAAAAAACUAUUAUUGGUUUGAUUUGUGGUUUUAUCAAGUUGGUAAAUACCAACAAAAGUUAUUGAAUAUUUUUAAAACUGUUUUACUUCACUUGAUGACAAAAUAUGUUACGUAUAUUGAUAUAUUACAAAAGACAAACUAUUACAUUAUUCCUUUAGUUUGUCAUAAAAUAUUUGUAAUAGCUUUAUCUGAUAAAAUUAAUUUGUUUGAUAAAAUGGAACAAAAUUGGGAACAUUAUCAAAACAUUUUGGAUUCGUUUGAUGAUUUACCAUUAUUUAAAUGUUGGUUGAAGUCUUCUAUUUCUGUGAAAAUUUGGAAUAUUAAAAAGCUCCAAAAAAAUGAACUCUUCUUAAAAUGUGGUUUGCAACCAAAGGAUUUGAGCAAUGAAUAUUUCUAUGCAAGCGAUACUAUUAGCAGAAUUGGAUGGGCUAAUAAUUAUGAAAGAAUGAUAUUAUACUUAUACAAUUUAAAGACUUUAUUUAAUGAAACAAGCCUAAAAAUAAUCCAUUCAUUCAUAACAUAUUCAAAUUACUUUAGACAAAUGGAUUUUAAUCGUUCCGAUGAAGAAAUGAACACCGUAAGAUUACUAGAAUUGUAAUAUAGCAUUAAAGUUGUGUUGUUUUAAACUCUUAAUUAUUUAUCUAAUUUUAUAUAAUAACAUACUUAUUUAAAUUCUCGAAUAUG